CUUUUAGAGGCGGGGUUUUGGCCUGAGAGCUUCCUCCUCCUUCUUCUUCUUCUUUUGUCCUCUCCUAGUGAGCGAAGACAGAGAGGAAAUGGAGAAAGCAAUGACCAAGGCUGGGAGCUUUUGGAUAUCCAAGAAAGCCAAGCAAGAGAUCUCCAACAUCGCCGGCGAUCUUUCAUCUAUAUCGGGCGCGGUCGAGGAGAAGGCAAAGUGGGUCGUUAACAAAUUGAAAGGUAAGCCGCCGAAAGCGCUGCCCGAUCUCCUCCGGGAGCACAACCUCCCCCCGGGCCUCUUCCCUCGGAACAUCACGUGUUACGAGCUCGACGCGUCCAGGUCCAAGCUCGUCGUCCACCUGCCCUCCGCCUGCGAAGCCAGCUUCAAGGACAGGUCUGCCGUGAGGUAUGCGAACCGCGUCAAAGGGACGCUCUCCAGAGGGAAGCUGGCCAGGAUCGAAGGCAUGAAGACCAAGGUCCUGGUGUGGGUGAAGGUCACCGGCGUGGCCGUCGAGGGCCACAAUUCCGACAAAGUCUGGUUCAUGGCCGGGGUCAAGAAGUCGAGGCCUAGGGACGCGUACGAAACGGUCCGCGACGCCAUUCAAGUCGACGAGUUCUGAGAUUUUUUUUUUUUUUUGGUCGGACUGCGCAGUAAAUCGGCGAGCAUCAGUUUCAGUUAAUUCAUAUUCCUGUACGGA